AGUACAAAUCUACCAUGGCUUUCCUUUCAGUAGCUCUUCUAUCUAUUAUAGCUCACCUGGCUUUAGGUCAAGGUUGGGGUCAGAGUAACUCAGGAUUUAGUCAAGGUAAUGCAGGACUUGGUUUGGGACAGGCAGGGGCUUCUUGGGGUCAAGCCGGACUUGGUCAAGGUAAUGCAGGACUUGGUUUGGGACAGACAGGAGCAUCUUUAGGUCAAGCUGGACUUGGACUUGGCUCUGCUGGGUUUAGAUUUGGUGCCGGUGGACUUGGAUUUGGUACCCAUGGACUUGGGAUUGGAAGAACAGGUUGGGGUCAAGCAGGGACAGGAUGGGGCCAGAACAUUAUCAACCCUUAUCUGAAUACAACCAUUACAUGCACUGGAACAGCAACAGGUUUUGCUAUGUCUCUUACCCUGAGGAGGAUGCAGCCAACUUGGGGAGGAUGGGGUAUUGGUCAGUCUCGAAGUGGUCUGACUGGAUCUGCCGUUCUGAGGACUACAACUGUGUCAGGAACUUACAACCUCGUUAUCACUGAGAGAUCUCGUGUGGAGGCUGGAUGUACCGCUGAUGGACUCGGUCCUGUCCUUGGAAGCAACGUGUGGGGCCAACAGUGGGGUCAAGGUCUUGGUCAACAGUGGGGUCAACCAUGGGGGCAGCAGUGGGGACAAGGAUGGGGUCAGUCAUGGGGCACUGGAACGACCACCACCCCCGGAGUUGUCACCUCUGUCACCCUCACCACCAACCAGGAGACUGUCAUUGACUUGGGCUCUGCCAACCUACCAUUCAGACAGAUCGAGAGAUACGGAGGACGUGGGAUGGCUCUGUGCACAUCCUUGACCACUGGCACUGAUGGACGUCAAGUGUGUGUGGAGCCUAUCCUGGCCUGUUGCAAGUUGGGAUUCGACAACAUGGAUGCUGUCACACCAACACCCCCAUAAACAGAAUGAGUUAUCUGGAAGCUGCAUCCAGCGUGUCCAUUGUGAAAUGUUGAAUGUAAACUGUGUGAAUACUAUUCUUAUCUGUACUCACAUUAAUCAGUCUAGUCAGACAAAUACAGAAUUUCCACAUUUUACAUAUCAUGUGGAAUAACACCUGUAUUAUCAGAAAAUUAAUCUAUCCAGUGUCCCAUUGUUAAAUAACUUACUUCCUAACUGAAUGCAAUCCUUUUUGAAUGUCUCAUUGUCAUCAUCAUUUGUCUUGUUCAUCAACAACAAUCAUUAUUUAUUCCCGAACAACGGGACAGAGGGUGUUUGAAUAAAGAUGCCAACAUAUCUUU